GCCAUUUCUCACGCUUGUCAAGUGCUGCCAUCUUCAAACAUCAAAUCGUGCUCUGUUUCCCAAAGUGGAAGUCGCAAAAAAUGUGCUUGUUUACCAAAUAAUCAGCAAUUUUCCACCAGUUUGUUGCUUUUUCAUAAAUCGUGGACUCGUAAAACCGUAUUCAGUGUUAAAAUCAAUCGUGAAACAACAUCACUCAAAACGACGCUUCUGCUUCCACUGCCAUGCUAUGAAACGUUGAGGAGCGUAUGCUGAUGCCAUUAGGUUUUUUUGGGUGAAAUUGCAGCGUCUCGAGACAUGGAAGCCGAAAAACCGGAAUCGGAAGAAGCGACCGUGUCUAGCACUGAAGAUAAUGCCUUAAAUGACGAAACAGGUAGCAAAACGGCGUCUGAAACAAAUGGGGACGGUGCCAAUAGUGAGACUACUCAGAGUAGUGUUGGGGACGUUGGAGGAACGGACGCCAAUGAUGAAGAAAAGCAAAAUGUUGAGGAGAAAAUUGAAGAAAGUUCUGUUGAAAAGACUGAAGCGGUCGAACAACCAGUAAGUGAGACUAAAGAUGAGGAAAAGAGCGAGUCUGAAGGUAACAAAGACACACAAGUGCAAGAAUCGCCCCCGAAAGCGCCGGAAAAAGAUGACACUUUUCCCAAUGAAGCGGACAUAACAAUGCCCCCAAUCCAGACUUUGGGUAAAGGAAAACGUGCCCGAAUCCCAAAUAAGCGUUACAGUGAUAUUGUCUUAUCCCCAAUACGAUCAUCACACAAAUCGAACGAAAAUGGUGAACACGAUGCUGAAGACGAUGAAAUGUCAAACAUUUCCGACGUUCCAUCUCGGAAACCUCGCUCAGACACCUCCAGUCCAACCCCGAAAAAAUCGCGGGUGACUGUCGACAUGUCAGACCCAAAGUAUCGCAAACCGUUUUUGCACGGCUGGAAACGCGAGCUGGUCUAUAGAGCUACUUUUGAUAACCCCAAUAAACGCAAUGGGGAUAUUUAUUACUACAGUCCAACGGGGAAAAAAAUACGGUCGAUGCGCGAGCUUACCGAAGUUUUGAAAGGGUCCAAAGAGUUAACGGUGGAUAAUUUUACAUUCUAUAAGGAACCGUUGGGUUUGGAUGAUCCUGAGAAGGAAAUUAUUCGGGACGCGAAAGCGUGGAAUAAAAAAACACCGGCGAAAGGCGGGAGUAAAACACCGAAUGUUUUGAGUCCGAAAGCAGGCACUUCGAAAGUUUCGAGUCCUAAAACGCCAGAGUCAGAGGCGCCGCAACCAACGAGGAGGUCGGGACGGACUUUAGGCAAUAUCAAAAAUUUGCAGAUUAAGUUGGCACCUAACAAAACCCGCUCUGACAGAAGUGCCAAAGCGGAAGAAGAACCCAUGGAGGUUGAACCUCCGCCUUCCAAACGCUCAUCUACUAAGAAAACGACAACCAAAGCCAUACCAAAUGUAGAAAUGGAGGGAAAACCCUGCCAACCCUGUUCCAUUCGAUGCGGGGGUGUCAUGGGCAUGGUACCGACGCUCCAGUGUCGCAUUUGCCUAUGCUUGUACCAUUACGAGUGCGUCGGACUAUCCUCGCAUAUUCAGAUCCAAGCCUACGUCUGCAAGAAUUGCCAACUGGAGCAUGGUCAGAGCGUCGCAACAUCUGCGUCAAUUGUUUUGCCCCCUCUCACACCCAUAAACACCCUGAAGUCAAUGUCGGCCCAAUCAUCAGUUCUACCAACUUUGCAACGAAUACCACGUCCGGGGGAUUCACCCCAACAAGACACUGCCAUUUCAGGGGGAGUCCCGAACAUGCCCCGCUUACUUCCCUUACCCAAAGCUAAAGAUGUGCCAACGAAACAAAGCAAAAAUCCCACUCAGACAGCGACGGAAACUAAGAGUUUGGUCGGAUCGGUUACCUCAUGGUUGCCUCACAGUUCGACCAUUCAAGUCGAUAAUAUGCGGAAUAAGGAAAAUGAACCCAUUGAGGCACCCAGACCGCAAUACGUUGAGUAUUUGGCAGGCCGUAAAUUUUUAAUAAUUCCGAAGCAUAACGUUGUUUCGGUUUCACCGACUGUGAUCAAACCGAUGAAUUUUGAAUCGGUUAGUAGUGAGGUUGAAGAGGCGAAAAAUGCGCAAAUUAGUACAGAUGAAGCACCGGUUCAAAGUACCGAUGAGGUGCCACAGACUGAGAAAAAUGAAGAACCGCAAGAAAAUAAUGAAGAUAAACAAGAACCUGUUGAAAGUUCAAGAAGUACGAGACGUUCCUCCAAAUUAAAUAACACCUCGAAUGAGAAACAGGAAGAAAAGCGGUUAAUGGAUAGUUAUUUGCAAGAUGUUGCAUACGGUUACAACACACUGUUGCACGUUUUCCAAUAUUUGAAAGUGCAGGAUUUGUUAAGGGCGGGUUGUGUGUGUACCAUGUGGAGGGAUAUUGCGAGUCAUCCAUCAUUAUGGCGCACGGUUAGGAUGAAAAAUUCGCAAGUACAUAGUUUUGAAGGGCUUGCGAAUACGUUAGAAAAGCACGGAACGGUGCAUCUCGAUCUGAGGAAAAUGCUCCUGCCGAUGGAUAGUGGCGAUGAAAUUUGGCCAGAAUUUUCCAAAGCCAUACAAAAGGUGCAGACUUUGAGGAAAAUCGAUCUCUCCAGGUGUCCGGCUUCGGUGGUGGAGCAGCUCGCCAUCACCAACAAAGACCUGGAGGUGAUAAACGGCGUGACAAUAGUGUGCCAGAGCAUGAGUCUCGAUACAUUAUCAUCGUUGAAAAACUUGAAAGAAUUGCGUCUAAAAUCACCGUGCGGUCUCACCCUCUCGUCCGACAUUACAUCACUCAAAGAACUAACAAGUCUGACCCACCUCUCAUUGACCUCAAUUAAAGACCUCAAUAAAAUGAGUUUGAGUGUUAUAGCGGCGUUGAAGAAUCUCGAAUCUUUGGAUUUGGGCGAAUGUAACGAUUUUCCAGACACUUUCGGCGCCGAGAUUUUAAUGAAAUUGACCAAGCUGGAAAAACUACGCUUGGAGAAGGGUCAAGGCGACUGCCAUACCACCGAGAUUUUAGAAGCCGUGAGGCAAAUGCCGGAUUUGGAGCAGUUAGAGUUGGUUAAUUUUGACAUAAAAAGCGGGUUUGAUGUGGCCCUGGGGGCGUGUAGUAAUAUAAAGAAGUUGCUGCUUAUUCCCACUUACAUUUCGCAAAGUGCCACAACGAAUCAUGUGGUGUUAGCGGGGAUGUUGCGGUUGAAAAGUACUUUGUCGCAUUUGGUUUGGGGAGUUACGUUGGAGUUGUUGCGUGUGACGGAGUUGUUUGUCGAUCAGUAUGAAGACUCCGAUAAGAAGAAGAAGAAAAGUAAGAAAGCCGUUGGGAAGGGGGAUUGCAUCCCUGUUUUGAAACCGGUUCCGUUGUUGAUGGAGAAAGAUGAGGAUAUACCACCGGCUCACGAUCCACCAAAGGUCGAAAUUAUACCACUUCCGGACUUGCAAAAAUUGUUAUUGAAAAGUUUACCAACGACAAGGGUUAAGAUUCUCAAAAUUCCCUUCCACGCAACUUGGAGGCAGAGUAUUACUGAUACUGUUAAUUAAUUUAGGUCUUACUAGGAUUUUGUUUAGUCUGUUGUAUUGAUAGUUGUAGAUAUUGGAGUACUAUGUUUUUCAACUUUGCUUUAUGUACAAUAUGUUCUUAAAGAUGUAAAAUAUAGGUAGGAUCAACUGAAGAUAAAUAUAAGAUUCUUAAUUACAUGUUUUACGAUUUUUUUCGUAUUUAUAUUUGAAUUCUCAAAUAUUGUGUUUACGCAUGUGACUCGUGAAAUUUUCAAUAAUAAUUUUCUAAUCUUUCGAA